GGUCACAUGUCAUAAGUCAAACUAUAGACUUGGGGUGAGUGAAAUCAUUGAUGCACUUCGGUAUUUUCUUUGUAUGAUAAAUAUUUUGAUUUAUUAUGAAUGUAUAUUAGUUUAAACAGAAAUAAUAUGGUGAUGAAUGUUCAUAAAAGAUGACCUAAAAUAAUUGUCACUUGAAUAAAAUCUAAUAAUGUUGAGAAAGAAUGGAGCAUAAAGCUUUAAUUUUGUGUUUUUUUUAUUUUCAUUUUUUAAUAUGUCAGUGCAUGCACCAAGCUUCUUUUUAUGGCAACAGUUUUAUAGCUCUUCCUUUUAAGGAAGCAAGAAGCUCUACUGAUAUAUACUUUAAAUUUAAAACCCAUUUAUCUAGUGCUUUGAUCUUGUUGGUUGCUGGUACUACCGAUUAUUGUAUUGUUCAGAUGGAAAAUGGAAAGAUAAAAAUUAAUAUCAAUUUGGGAUCUGGAGAAGCGGAAGUAGUAUCCCCAGACAAUAUUAAACUUGAUGAUCUCAAAUGGCAUGAUGUUUCUAUUAAGAGGGAAGAUGCUAACUUAACAUUAGUUAUUGACAAAUCUCACAAAGUACAAAAACAUUUACCAGGAAAAUUUUUUGAGCUAAACAUUCAUUAUGGUCUGUUCAUUGGAGACAACACAAAUAAGAAUAAUACUGAUAUAUUUUUUGGGCAUAUGGACAAAUUUAGAGGCUGUAUAUCUGAUUUGAAAUAUAAUGGUAUUGACGUGUUGGAACUGGCAAGGUACAGGCAAUCACAAUCAACUGUACAGUCCAUAACAUGGAACUGUGCUGCUGAGUUUGAAGCAACUGUAGACCAGCCUAUCAGCUUUAUAGAAGACGAUGCAUAUGUAGUAAUUUCAGAUAAGAUUAUUAGCUCCAAAGAACUUAGUAUUAAUUUUGAGAUAAGAACUAUAAAUAAAGAUGGACUGCUUUUUCAUAACUCAGGAUAUAAACACAAACAAGACUUUUUAUCCAUAGAACUGAACAAUUAUUCCAUAUAUGUUGUAAUUAAAAUCAAUGAAAAAGUAACUAAAUUAAUGAGUAAAAAUUCCAAAAUAUCUAAUGGAGAGUGGCAUAAGAUUUCUGUUAGAAUGACACAUACAGUUAUAGAGCUAAGUAUUGAUGAAAGAAUAUUUAGUGAGAAAAAUACACAGAACAGUAUUUUUGAAAUGACUGAUAUUUCAUACUUGGGUGGAUUAGAGAUUAGUAAAAGAUUCCGUGCUACUCAGAAAGGCUGCGACUUAUGUGACACAAGUUUUAAGGGAUGUUUAAGAUAUCUAACUAUUUCAGGAGUUGAAAAAGGUUUACCAGAUGCACAAAUUACAGAACGCAUUAUGCCUGGAUGUCUCUGGCACUAUCCAUGCUUACAAAAUCCUUGCAAUAAUAAUGGAAUUUGUAUUCAGCAAGGUUUAGAUUCGUUUCAUUGUCAGUGUAAAGAAGAAUUUUGUGUUCAUGUUAACUAUAGUGAGGGCUAUAAAGUAUUUUCAAGAAGUAGCUUAGCAACUGAACUUGAACUCCUUUCUGUUGAGCCCUUGGAUGUUUUAGAAGGUCAAAGUGAAUUAUUAACGACAAAUAACUUGCACAUGAUUCUUGACUAUCAUAAAUAUGGAAUAUCUGAUUCUGGUAUAACUUUUUUUGUUAUGGAAGGUCCUGAGCAUGGAAGCAUAACUCUAGAUAUAUGGCCUCAUGAUAAAAAUUCAUUUACCUUUUAUGAUCUAGCUUGUGAUAGAGUGCAUUAUAUUCAUGAUGGUUCUGAAGAAGACCAUGAUCAUAUUGUGAUGGAAGUUAUGUUUUCAACAUCUGAUUCGUUUAUCCUACCUGAGUAUCUUCAGGGUAGAUUUAAAUUUAGUUUGACAGUAGCAGUAACUCCUACUAAUGAUCCGCCUAUUUUGGAUAUUUCAGAUGCCACUGUUUUAAGGACAGUACAGGGAACAAAAAAAUUUUUAUCUACAGAUAUAUUUAAAGUAACUGACUCAGAUAAUUCACCUGGGCAAUUGAUUUACACUAUAUUGAAGUGUGGAGAUGGCUAUUUUGAAAAUGCAAAUCAGCCUGGUGCUAAAAUAAAUUCUUUCACUCAAGAUGAAGUAAAUGGAGGACUGAUUCUUUAUUAUGACAAAAGUUCAAACAAAAAUACAUCUUAUAUAACUAUGCAAGUGUCUGAUGGAGUUGAAACAAGCCCAGUAUAUCGUUUGAGAGUAGCUAUUUCCCCCCAAUAUUGGAGAAUGGAAAGAAAUACUGGUUUGAUAUUGUUACAUCAAAGUUCAGCAAUUAUAACCCCAUACAACUUGAGUUUCACAUCAAAUGUUGCUAUACCAGAUUAUCUUAUAUAUUUUAGUAUUGUGAAAAAGCCCACUUAUGGUAUCAUAGAAAUAGAAAAGACUGGAAACUCUUGGGAAAACUCCGAUUCUUUCACUGGAAGCGAUUUAAAGCAGCACAGGGUACGUUACAGACAUAUAUCAGCAAAACCGGAUUUUGAUGAAUUUCAAUUUAUUACGAUGGACAAAACAAUACUCUAUACAUUUCGUAUAAUAUUUGCAAGAUGCACAUUACAAAAAUUGAAGCUAAAAAAUAUGCAUUUAAAAGAAGAGUGGGAAACAAGAAUAUCGAUAAAUGAUUUUGCGUUUGAAACAAAACCACCGAAACCCCCAACAUCGAUACAGUAUGUUUUAGUUGAACCUCCACGAUAUGGUUAUUUGUUUUCAGCAGAGUCAAAGUACAAACUAAAAUCUUGUGAUACAUUCACUCAAGAAGAUAUAAUUUCUCAUAAUGUUCGAUAUAAAUUGUAUCAAAAACCUUAUUCUCAAGUAGAAGAUGCUUUCGUCUUCAUUGUUUUAUCACCUGGUUGUAAUAAUGUUACUUCAAAUUUGACAAUAACAUAUAUUCCGUCAAAAGAUGACCAAACUAAAGUGACUGUCCAAAUGAAACCUUUGCAAGUUGAAGAAGGAUCUUCAAUACUAAUAGAUCAAUCACAUUUAUCUUUUCAAGCUCAAUUUUUAUCAAACGUAACUUUUAACAUUACAGAGAAUCCGAGGCAUGGUUUUUUACAGAAAACAGUAAACGAUUUUAAAGCAAACUAUACAAAAUACUUCACAUCUGAGGAUAUAAAAGACAAUAUGAUAUCUUACAUCCAUGACAACUCGGAAACUAAAACUGAUUCCUUUACAUUUAUGGCGUUAUCUCUAAGUGAUGAAGUAUUUCAAUACGUAGGAAAUUUAUCAAUAAAAGUUAUAUUGAAAAACGACAACAGUCCUGUGAGAGUCAUUGAUAAAGUUUUUCACGUUGUUGUUGGAGGAGAAAAAUUAUUCACAGGAAAGGAUUUAAAAUAUGUUGAUUCCGAUUUAGAUACACCCCCUUCUGCAAUUGUUUACACUUGCAGAGAUUUUUCAAACGGAUAUUUUUAUAACACAGCUAAUUCAAAUAUUAAGAUAACAGAAUUUACACAAGAUGACUUGGACAAUAACAGAAUUACAUUCAAACAUAAGGGUCCUGAGUUCGGCAAAGUAAGACUUUGGGUGACAGAUGGUCAGUUUCACGUCAAUGGGAUUUUAGAAAUCCAAGCUUCAGCUCCAUUUAUCCAUGUUAGCAUGAAAAAAAAAAUAAUAGUGGAACAAGGAAGAAUAGUAACUAUUACUAGUGAUCAUCUAUCAUAUUCAACAAAUCUUUAUGCUUAUGAUAAAGAUGUCUUGUAUGAAAUUGUUAACAAACCCAUUUUUGGAAAAAUUGUUUUAUCCAAAACACUAAAGGGUAUCAAAAAUUUCACUCAAGAUGACUUAAAUAAAGGUUAUAUAAGUUAUUUGAACGAACACUUGGGAGUUAGUGCAGAUGAAAUUGGUAUGAAAGUAAUAUGUAAAGAUGCUGUAAAUAUAGCGCAACUUGGCAUUUGGAUGUUACCAUCAUAUUAUUGGGAACCAUUAGAAAUCAAAACUUUGAAAAAAUUAUCCGUCGAAGAAUCAACAAGUGUAUUAAUCACAAAAAAGACUUUGGAAGUUUUCCAGCGGAACGUUCCUCCAUCAGCAAUAACUUACCAUAUUGUCCAAAUGUCAGAGUAUGGUUAUCUGACAAUCUUAUCGGAUGUUAAAAAUAACGAAGAACCCGUAAAUGUGGUAUCAUUUACACAAGACUUGUUGAAUGAAAACAAAAUAUUGUACAUUCAAUCUGUAAUGAAUCAAACUAAAGAUAAAAUAACCUUCAAUGUAACAAAUGGCGUAGUUUGGAAUAACAGUUUACAGUUAGAUAUAGAAAUAAUCCCUGAAAGACUGUUCUUGGGAUCUACAAAUCUUAUUGUGAAUGAAGGUGGAUCUGCUGUUUUGACUACCUCCCACCUAUUUGUAUUGACUGAUUAUUACAAGUCAAGAGUAAGUUCUUAUUCAAUUAAAGAAAAUGUAAAACACGGCUGUAUACAACUCUACAAAAGAUGCUUAAAGACAAAAAGCUUUACUGUCAAAGAAUUGCAAGCUGGUGUAGUUCAGUAUCUUAAUGAUGGCACAGAAAAUAGCAGUGAUCAAUUGGUGAUUGUAGGAGAGACUGACAAGAAAAAAACCAGCUAUCCACUAAAUAUAAAUAUAAUCGUUUUUCCAGUAAACGACCAAAAGCCAAAGUUGGUCAAUAAUACAGGGUUAACUAUGUGGGAAGGAGGAGUAGAACAUAUAACCAAUGAUAUGCUAGCGGCUGUCGAUGAUGAUAGGCCUAAAGAAAUCUUAAAAUAUCAAAUCAAAAUGUGCUGGUCUGGUACUAUUGCUCUAAAGUCAGAUACUACUACUCAGCUCAAUCAUUUCUCUCAAGACAUGAUUGACAAACGUUUAAUCGUUUUUCAUCAUUACAACGGUACUGGAGGAAAAUUCAAAUUUAACAUAACAGAUGGUAUACAUACCACUAAAGACUACAUAUUUCACAUAAAAACUAAACCAGUCGAGUUGCAACUAAUAAACAGUCCCCUUCAUAUAUUUCCAUUACAGAAAAAAUAUUUAACAUCAAACCACUUGCUAACAAUUGUAUCAGAUUCUCACAGAAAAAUAGAAUAUGACAUCAUAGAACCGCCAAGUUUAGGAAGACUAAUGAUGGAAUCAGAACAAGUUGGAGUAUUCAAAGUUGUUUCGAGUUUUUCCCAGGAAGAUUUAAAUACUAGUAAAGUCUUUUAUGAGCAUACACAUCCAUUUUCUGAUUUGUACGCAAACGAUUCUUUUGUUUUCAAUGUUAAGACUCAUUUAGCACCGAAACUCCUUGAACAGGUUUUUAGAAUCGAUAUAUCUGUAUCAUCAGGUGGACUUGAUGCGUAUGUAAACAUUCCUAAACUAUCAGUCGAUGAAGGUGGUACCAUAACAAUUCGUCUAAACUUGUCAGGAGUAAUAAUGUUUUUAGAAAAUCAUGCUGGUCUUCGUUCUCCAAUAAUUCACGCAUCAGUUAUGACUCCUCUACAUGGUCAAGUCUAUUCUCAACAAAAUAGAAAUUUGAGUACAUUUACUCAAUUACAAUUAGAGUCCGGACAAGUUUAUUAUGAACAUGAUCAUUCUGAUACCUUAGGAGACAACGUACAUUUUUCUUUAUAUUUAAUUCCUGGUCCUAUAAUGUUAUGUAACAUCACUGUACCUAUAAUAGUAAAUCCUGUUAAUGAUCAACCGUUUACUCUAGUUACUCCAGCUCCAAAUUUAAUAGUGGUACAAGGGGAAAAACGUACUAUUACUAAACAUGAUUUGGCCACAGAAGAUGCUGAUACUCCACCUUCAAAAUUAAAAUAUGAUGUAAUAUCAGGACCUUCACAUGGUAAAUUAAUGUUAGAAAAUAUUUCUGUGACUUCUUUUACCCAAGCUGAUAUUGAUAACAAUAAAUUAGUUUAUUUACAUGACGGAGGAAUUUUGAAAGAUUCAUUCCAUUUUAGAAUAUGGGACGGAAAAUUUAGACCCGAUUUUACUGUAUUCAAUAUCAUUGUUGCUCCUAUAAAUAUUAGCAUAAAAGCUGGCAUGCCUGUAUCUUUACUACAAGGAUCUUACAAUGUAAUCCUCUCUGAACAACAAUUUUUUGUAUAUACAAAUGCUGAUAAACACAAGAUUGAGUUUACUUUGAAAAGACCUCCAAAACAUGGUCUGUUAUAUAAAGGAAAUCAAGCAAAUUUAACAUUCUUUUCUUAUGCAGAUUUGAUUAACAAUAAAGUCAUGUACCUUCAAACAGAUAUGAGUGUAACAAAUGACAGUUUUGAAGUCAAUGGAGCAAUUUGUUUGGGAAACAAUUCAUUUGGAGACAGUAUUGAGGUAUUUAUCAAAGUAAAGCCAUUUAUGCAUAUUCACAAUUUUACUGUUAAAACUGGAGAAACAAAUAGAUUGACUCUUAAUUCCUUGGAUGCUUCACCAUUAGCAAAACUAACCAACGGCAAUCCUCGAUAUACCAUCCUAUCGUUUCCUGUUUAUGGCGAAGUAAGAAAAAUAAUAAGGAGUUCUGGUGAAAAAAGAAACAUUCUCGAUACUUUAAUUUCGAGUUUUAGUCAUGAAGAUAUUCAUAGUGGCCUCAUAUUUUUUGUAGUCCGUGAUCUUGAAGUACCAAGAUAUGGUUUAAAAGAUCAGUUAAGAUUUGUUUUAUCUGCCAACAUUGUUCAACCAGCGGUUGGGGAACUGAAAAUAAUGGUUAAAUCUUCUUUGGAUGACGAUAUUUCACCAACCCUUACAGGGCCAAGUGAUCCAGCAAGUCAUGAGGGUGGUCUUUAUGUAGCGAAUCCUAAUAUAACAAAAGACUAUCUAUUAAUUGUGAGUAUGGCCGUAGGAGUAGUAGUUUUGGGAAUAGCAGUAAUUGUGGUAAUUAAAUGUCGAUCAGUAGAUAAUAAUAUGGAUAAAGAAGAACACUGCGUUCAGCCUAUUCCAUUACCCCGUCCACCUGAUAGACUUAUGACGUCAUCUCCAUCCUUAAGAGACUCUAUUCCAGAUGAAUAUCCACAGGAAUUUGCUUCUGAAUUCACAACGUCUUUUGCACCAGAUUUUUCUUCAGAUUUCACUCCAGUUUUUACAACUGAUUUUACACCAGAACUAUCAACUGAAUUCACUUCUGAAUUUUCGUCUGAUUUCACACCUUCCUUAAGUGCUCUACCACAUUGCAAAGUUACUCCAUUAGGUAGAAUCGAAAUAGAUUCUCCUCAUAUGUUCUAUCCGUAUGGAAUAAAUGAUCAAAUGGAUGAUUGGAGUGAAGUACCUGAUGUCCCAGAGAUACCAGAGCCAAUGCCUUGUCCUUCCAAUAGCAGUAUUCUAUUGCGUAAAAAUCAAUAUUGGGUUUAAACUAUUUUUUAUUUAGCUUAUUUCAGAAAAAUGUUAUGUUAUUAAAAAUAACAAAGAUGAGAACUGAUUCAAUAACUUCCGGGAGUUAUUUAAUUAUUGAAAGUAUAAAUAUAUCAUUCAAAAUUUAAACUAGACUCAUCCUGAAAAUAAAACUGAUUUUGAUUAAAAUUAUUGUCGAUCUGCAUCUUGAUAUUAAUUAAAAAAUCCUAAUGAGAAUAUCAGAAUGCUUUACUGAAUGUACUCCAAUAAUAACAUUAAAUUUACUAAAAUUCAUACCUGAAAUAAUGAGGAAUGGACGAAAUGAACAUAACCUAAAAAAUAAAAUAAUAAUUUGAAAAAGUUAGUGUUAUAAAGAUAAACAGAGUUCAAAAUUGGCUAAAAAAAUUCCCAUAUGAUUGAAAAUUGAUCUCGUUUGUUAAACGAUUUCUUGUUAAAAUUAGGGAAUUAGAAAUUCAAUCUAUAUUUACAAUAAAAGUAACCUAUUUAACAUUUUCAAUAUGUAAUUGUAAUUUAAUUGAACGAAACUUUAUCCUUCAUACGUUCAUAUUCUUUGAUUCCAAAUAUGAAUUUUAGUGACCGCUUCUCUUCAUUAGUUGGACAAAUACUAUUGUUUUAUAUUAGUAUCUAUACUUGGAAGCAUUCAAAUGAAGAAUAACCAGCAAAUUUUAUUUCCACUUGACAAUAUUCAAAAUAACGUAUAUAGUAUGCAGUAUAAUCCGAAACUGAUAGAAAUGAAAGAGUCUAUACUAUUGAUUUGUCAAAAUAAUUUUAUAUUCUUCACCACUUACCUGAACAUCCAGACGAAUUAUGACAUAGUACUGUAGAAUCUUGUAUUUUCAUCGUCAUAUAUAUAAUACUCAUGUUUUUUACUCGUGCACAAUUUUUAUAAUUUCUGUCACAUAAAUAACUUGAGAUUCUUGAUAAACAGAUUAAUUAUGUCAAUUCAGUUAUUUCUAUGUCCAAUUUAUUUUAUACUAUUGAAUAUUUUAGGCAUUUUUCCAUUGUAUAUCAUUUCAAAAAGUGUGAUAUAAAACAUGUUUUUCACAGAUAAUGCUGAUAGUGCACGCGAAUUACAUAUACCAUUUUGAAAUAUUUGUAUAUUUCUUUUAGGAAAGAACUAGCUCUAUUAUUUAGCUAAUUAUUUAGUAAUAAAAAACUAAUGAAAAGGACUUCAUCGACUUUUAGUCGACAAAAAGAAAAAAGCUUUGUAUAUGGUUCAUUCUUCAAAAUGCAUACUGCAUUAAGAUUAUGCAUGAUUCUAGAUUUGAAAGGACAGAAUAGUUCGAUUCGACUCCAAUACUUAUGCAUUUUCUAAUCAAAUGAAGAAUAUUGUAGAACUGCCAGUAAAUUAGUGAAGUAGUCUCACAACGAAAAACCAAUAUGACAGACAGGGAUUUUCGAGAGAAACAUCCAUCAAAUGAAUGACUUGUUUUUCAUUUAGAAAAUUUUUUAUCAAUACUAAUUUAGAUUAUUUUAUAAAUCAAAUAGGUUUGUCGCCUUGCCUCAAAAUGUAUUUGAAUUCUACGUGAGAUCUGAAAAAUAUAGUGAGUCGAUGUUGUAAAAAUUCAGUUCUGGUUCUAUGACUUUAUCGUCAGCAAUUUCGAGGUAUCUUCAUUGAUAUGUAGUAUUAAAAUCUGGUUUCAUAAUAGUAGGCACAAAAUUCAGUCACUUGGAUAUUAUAGUUAACAAUUAUAUAUGGCAACGUUGCUUUUAUUAUGAUUUUUGUCAGUAGAAUAUAAUCACCAUAAAGUAGGAAGAGACGUAUCCCUCAGGUCAUCGUUAACAUUCUUUUUACUCACUUGAAAGUCCAUAUCAGGUUAAUAGGAUUCAAAUUACGAUGAUAACGAUGGAGGUAGUAUACAAUUAUGUUCCUAUUACGAGGAAAACCUUCCAAUGAAAUAUUGUCAACAUCAAUUU